AUGGCACGCUCCGACACGGCGUCGGCCACGGCGCUCGCGCGCGGUGUCCCGCUCGCCGUGGAGCGCGACCACCAGGUGCUGCACGACUUGCUCGAUCGCCCAGCGCAGGGCGCGCCGACCGGUCUCUUCCAAAUCGACCAUCUGCGCACGCCCGGCGACUUUGGCGUGCUCGCACAGCGCACGCUCGUGCGGUGCCAGCUCCUUGUCAACCGGCUUGCGCGCGCGGCGGCGCCCGAUGCGCCACGCGCCGAACUCGCGAGCGUCGUGCGCCACCUCGACCGACUCAGCGACAUGCUGUGUGGCGUGAUCGACAUGGCGGAGCUCGUGCGCCACGCGCACCCCGAGGGCGCUUGGGCCGAGGCGGCGAACGCUGCGUACGAGUACCUGUGCAACUUUAUGAACGUGCUCAACACGCACACGGGCCUCUACGAGGCCCUGCGCCGCGCCAUGGCCGAUGCAGACGUGUGGCGCGCCCUGUCGGAGGAGGCGCGCGCCGUCGCGAUCAUCUUUCUGCGCGACUUUGAAAAGUCGGGUAUCCAUCUGCCGCCGCACGAGCGCGAGCGCUUCGUGCAGCUCAGCGACGAGAUCAUGGUGCUCGGCCGCGCCUUUCUCCAGGACAUGGCAACGGGCGCGAGUGACGCGCCCGUUGCGUUUCCCGUCGAGCUGCUGCGUGGCCUCGACACGUCGCCGCUCGGCCUGCGCACCGGCCUGCUCAGCCGCGCGCGCGCUGUGCCGGUCAUGCCCGGGUCGUGGGAGGUGCACUACAUCGCGAGGCAUGCGCCUGACGCGCGCGCGCGGCGCCUUGCGUACGAGAUUUCGUACACGGGGCGUACGCAGCCUGUGCAAGUGCUGGAGCAGCUGCUGCGCACGCGCUACGCGCUCGCGACGCUCACCGGCAAGCACAGCUUCGCUGAGAUGGCGCUCGUCGAUAAGAUGGCCGGGACGCCCGCACAUGCUGAGCGCUUCCUGCACCGGAUCGCCGCGGCGCAGCGCCCGGCCGCCGAGCGAGUGAUGGCGGAGCUCUCGCGCCUGAAGCAGGAGCAGGAAGGCUCCUCGCAGCUCGCGCUGUGGGACCGUGAGUACUAUGCGGACGCGUACCUCCAGCAGUAUCAGCCGGCGCACCUCGCGCCACUCUCGCCGUACCUAUCGCUCGGCUCGGUGUUUGCGGGCCUCUCGCGCCUGUUCUAUCUCUUGUACGGUAUUCACUUCCGCGCCGCAGAGGUACAGCCCGGCGAGGUGUGGUGCCGCGACGUGCUCAAGCUCGACGUCGUGGACGAGCGCGAAGGCGGCGUGAUUGGCGCGAUCUAUUGCGACCUGUUUAGCCGUGCAGGCAAACCGCCCAGCGCGGCCCACUACACGGUGCGCUGCUCGCGCCGCCUGGACUGGGACGACGCGCAGGACGACGUGGCGCUGGGAGCGAGCGAGGGGCUCCCGGCCGACAUUGACACGGAGCCGCUGCUCGGCGUACAUGGUGUCACGGCGCGCGGGCGGCCCGGCCGGUUCCAGCUGCCGGUCGUUGUGCUCAUGACCGACUUUGCUGCGCCGACGGCGGGCGUCGGCGGCGCGACGCUGCUGCGCUGGCACGAUGUCGAGACGCUCUUCCACGAGAUGGGGCACGCGCUGCAUUCGAUGAUCGGGCGCACCGAGUACCACAACGUCUCAGGCACGCGCUGCGCGACCGACUUUGUCGAGUUGCCGUCGAUCCUCAUGGAGCACUUCCUCACGGACCCGAGCGUCGUGGAGCUCACCGCGCACCACCACCAGAGCGGCGCGCCGCUGCCAUACCCACAGCUCGAGGCGCAUCUACACGCGCAGCGCCGCCUUGACGUGCUGGAUGCGCACCAGCAGAUCCUCCUCGCCACCAUCGAUCAGCAGUACCACUCGGCACGCGCGGGCGACGCCCACUUCAGCACAUCGCGCGAGCUCGAGCGCGUGCAGCGCGACAUGGGCCUGUUCCCCCCCGUGCCAGACGCGACGUGGCAGGGGCAGUUUGGGCACCUGUUUGGCUACGGCGCGACGUACUACAGCUACCUGCUCGACCGCGCGAUCGCGGCGCGUGUAUGGGCGCAGGUGUUCCGCCCGGACCCCCUCUCGCGCGAGGCCGGGGAGCGGUACAAGACGGAGGUGCUGCGCUACGGCGGCGGGAAGAACCCAUGGCACAUGCUCGCGACGCUCCUGCGUGAUGAUACAUUGGCCGAGGGCGACGCACGUGCCAUGGAGGCCAUCGGCCGAUGGGGUCUAGCGCCACCCGCAGCCCCGUAG